AUGGAAGACAUCGCAGUAUCCCCCUUCAUAGCCUCCCUCCCAAAGGUAGAGCUCCACAUUCACAUCGAAGGCACUCUUCGCCCAAUCCUCCGAUGGACCCUCGCCCAGCGCAACGGAAUCCCCCUCCGCUUUAAGGACAUGGAAUACAAAACAUAUGAUGAGCUCUUGGCCUCCUACAUGGUGACAUAUAACCACCGUCCCGAAAUGGGUGGCAGGAAAGACGUCCCGACAUUUCUAGAGGCCUACUUCUCUGGGUGCGAAGUUCUCCUUCACGAAGAUGAUUUCUACGACCUGGCGAUGGACUAUCUCUCGCGGUGCGCCGAGAUGAAUGUCCGGUAUACGGAACCGUUCUUUGACAUCCAGGCACAUACACGACGGGGGGUAUCGGCUGAGGCCGUACUGAAUGGCUAUCUGCGUGCGCAGAGGGACGGAGCGACCCGGUAUGGUGUUCGGUCUAACUGGAUCUUCUGCUUCUUGCGCGACGAGCCAGUGGAAGAAGGAGAAGAAGCGUACCGCACUGCCCUUCCGUGGUCGACCGCAUGGGGUGGACGAGGACUGUUUCACGCCGUUGGAUUGGCAAGCAACGCGUACGAGCGGCCACCUAUACUAUUCAAAAAUGCGUUUGAUCAGGCCAGGGCAGAUGGACUACAUGUCACGACGCACUGCGAUUUUGGCCAAAAGGAUACACAUGAGCAUGUGCGCCAGGCCAUAUUCGACAUCGGCAUUGAGCGCAUCGAUCACGGCCUGGAUGUUCUCGAUCGCGACGAGCUGGUCCAGGGUCUGGUAGAGAAGGGCAUCGGUCUUACGCUGUGUCCACAUGCGUACCACCGGCGCACGGCUACAGAGGUGCUCUUUCCUAAGCUGAGACAGCUUAUUGACCGGGGCGUCAAGUUCUGCAUUAACAGCGAUGAUCCGGUUUACAUGCAUAAUGUGUGGAUUGAUGGCAACAUGGAGAAGGCAUAUCACUAUGGCGGUCUGUCCAAGGCUGAAAUGGUUCAGCUGGUGAGAAAUGCUGUCGAUAUGUGCUGGGCGGACGACGAGAUAAAGCAGGGUAUAUACACAGAGCUUGAUACAUUUGACAGAGUAUUAUAA